ACACUCCACUAUGCUGUGGGGUCGGCCGGACACGUUUUGGUGCCUGCUGCUCACCUCCUUCCUCCAGCAAGCAAGUAGGGUGUGUGCCGGUGAUAGCACGGAUGUAUUCGGGACCGAGGGCAAGUCUGCCACAUUCCACCUCCAGAACCUGAUAGGAGAAUACUUGACCUGGAGCUUCCAUGGUGAACCCAUAUUGGUCAUCAGAUUGGGGGCACGUCCUGAACUCGUGUUUUCUGACAAAUCCUUCACAUCCCGUGUGACCUUCUCCAACAACGGCAGCUCGCUCACCAUCUUGCAGCUGACAAGGAGCGACGCUGGCACCUACUUAGCAAAAAGCGAUGAGGUCAAAGUGAACUUCACCCUGCACGUGUACCGCGAACUGCCGGAACCGAUGGUGAUCUGCACCGGGUGGAACUGCUCAGCUGAGAGCUGCCGCUAUGAGCUGCAAUGUGCCGUGGACCCCCCUGGAGACAAUUACUUCUAUUGGAGCUACAAUAAUCAGCCAGUGAAUGAGGGAUCCGAGUGGGUGGUGGAGAGGCAGCACACUGAGGAUCCAGACCUGCUGCCGUACACCUGCACAGCACAGAACCCCGUCAGCAAGCGCAACACCACAGUCUUUCCCUCUGCCCUUUGUGCAGGUACCUUCUCCAGCAGCCAAAAUACAAUCGUAGUAGGACUGGUGAUUGGACUGCUCUUACUCUUGACUGUCAUCGUUAUCACUGUUACAUUAAAAGGGGCUGCAGCAGAGAGCAUGACGGUGUAUGCUGAGGUUGGUGCUAACCAGCAGAUUCAUGUAUGGAAUUUCCCUAGGGCACAGAAAGGUGACCCAAAGAAGUUACCAGCCUCAGGCGUGGAGAUCUCCAAAACCAUUUAUGCCACUGUCCAAGACACGACCCAUUUGCGGACAGAUGAUGAGAAGAUGAGCAGCAGGAUGCCGGGGUACUGUGAGCAGGAGAAAAACCCCUACUCAACAGUCAGUGAGCUGUAUCCCAUGGCACAGCCCUGGGGUGCCUGUGUACCUGCUGUGAGCAUGGAUCUGCUCCCUGCCACUGGGGAGCCAUCCCCAUCAUGGACACAAGGAGAUGAGCUCAUGUAGUCCAAGAACUCUGAUUGUUCAUCUGGGUGAGAUUUGAGAUCAUAUAUCUGCGCUCUGUGGCCACACCAGGGGACAGGGACCAAAGCUGUGACUGCACACGCAGCCCUGCCCUGCAGAGUCAUGGCUUCUGGGAUGCUCCUACAGUGGGAAGCCUCAGCACAGGCUGUGCAGAAGGACAGGAGGACUCAGUGAGACACUUACAGCCACCAUUUCUUUGCUUUUUAACACUUGCUGAAUACUUUACUGCUUCAGUUACUGAAGAAAGAAAGUAAAAACAACACUUUGUAAGAUGUGGUAGAAAACAAAGUGUGAGAACAUGCACCUUUGCCAUGCGCUGAGUUUCCACAGCACUGCUUGCAGCGACCUCACAGCCCCCGCAGUGCCCAUCCACUACACCCAGCAUUGCUCUGUGCUGCAGUUCAGCUACGUGUGGUCCCACAGGAGAUGGUGAAGGACUGCAUUGGGAGGGAGGGGGUUCAUUCUCAGAGGAAAACGUGACAAGGAUUGUGGCCCGGUGCCAUUCUGCACAACUCCUUUUAUACGCUGGUAUGUGAAGUGCCAGAGCAUCGUGGUUGCAAGCAGCGCUGAACCCCCCUGAGCAGCCCCCAGCCUUGAGAUGCUGCAUAGGGGGCACAGCUGGGGCUGCAGGGGGGGGAUGUGGUGCUCUGCAUUGUCCCAGUGCCCCUCACCAUCCAUUUCCAGACGGACACCGCUUCCCACGUGCCGCUUCCCCCGCUCUUUGUCUUGUCUGCACGGAUACUGAAUUAUUCAGGGAUGGAACCGGAGAUCCUUUGAAGUGCCUGGCACAGGAGAGCCCUCUAGGAGCUGCCGGAAUAGAAAUGCAAGACACAUCUGAGCUCCAUUUCUUUCUGCUGCUGCUGCUUUUUUUUUCCCCCCCGAUGAAAACCAUCUUAUUGACAAACCCACAGUGCUUUUUCUGCAUUUUCACAGCGUGGUCAUGUAUGGUUCAUUUUUUCUGUUUCUUGAAUUCACACCUAUUAAUUAAAAACAUAUGUCAUCCUC